AGCCUUAUCUUUAGCAUGCGAUGCGGUUCGCAGCUAUCCUGCCUGAUUCAAUGUGAAUCGUCUCCCUUACAGCAUAUAACCCGCUCGUUGCUUUCUGCUUUGGUGUUGUUGACACAGGGCCAAACUUUGAAGUCGGUACUCGGUAUACUAGACAUUGAGAAAGCAAGACAAUUUUGUUAAUUUUCCACACAAGAAUUUUCCCCAUGUAGGACCGAGCACACAGCAAGCACUUCCUUCCUCACCGCACCUACACAGCAAGCAAGCAGAUAGAUAAUGUGAUUAAUCUUGAGAGCUCGCCAUCAUGGAUCUGGUGACGGGAGCCAUGGGCAACCUCGCCCCCAAGCUGCUACAGCUGCUCCAAGAUGAGUACAAGCUGCAGACUGGCGUGAGGGAGCAAGUGCAGUCUCUCUCAAAGGAGCUGGAGAGCAUCCACGCCGCCCUCCGCAAGGUGGCAGCAGUGCCGUGGGACCAGCUCGAUGAGCAGGUCAAGGUCUGGGCGCGCGAGGUCAGGGAGGCGUCGUACGACAUGGAGGACAUCCUCGACACCUUCCUCGUGCGAGUCCAAGGCCGAGAGCCCGCCGACACAGGCAAGAUCAAACGCGCCUUGAAGAAGAAGGGCGACCUGUUCAGCAAGGGCAAGGCUCGCCGUGACAUUGCGGGUGCCAUCCAAGACAUCACGAUGCGACUCCAGGAGGUGGCCGACCGGCGUGCUAGGUGCAAAGUCGAUGAGAAUCUGGCUAAGCCUGCCGCAAGGACGUCAACUGUUGAUCCUCGCCUUGCAGCUAUGUACAAAGAAGUGACGCAAUUCAUUGACAUCGACAAGGCAAGGGGCGAGCUCAUAUCCAUGCUGUCUUACCAGUGUGGGGAUGACGUGCUUGAGAAGGAGAUGAAGAAACUUUCUGUUGUUGGAGUCGGGGGAUUAGACAAGACCACUCUUGUCAAAGCAGUGUAUGACAAGCUCAAAGGGGACUUCAAUUGUGGGGCUUUCUUUCCGGUUGGCCGGAAUCCUGACUUGAACACGUGGCAGGAGAAGUGAACACGGACGCCAUGGAGCGGGCCCGCCGGGCAGCCUUAGAGCGACCCGGCAUGCCUACCCUGUCUCAUCCCCCUGCCAUAGCAGCGCGGCAGACGGAACGUCUUUUCGCCUCAGCCCUUAUGACGUUUUCCUGAGACGGACCGUAUGGCACGGGAUGGGACCCGUGCAAUUAAUAACCCCACGCCCCUCUACCAGAACGUGGCAGGAACUGACGCUGAGUGCGGCGGGAGCAGUUGGAGGUGACAAGCCAUGCACGCUAUUUAAAUGCAGCCUCGGGCCUUUGACUGGUUGACACCUCAUCGGUGGGCCUCUCAGGGGCCACUGCUAGGGGGCUUUCUGGGUCAUCGGGGAACCGAGUGCUCGGGGUCACUGUUCACUUCCUUGAGUACUCUCUCCCUAGAAUGCCCUUUCUUGUCCUCGAGAAACCGAGUGCUCGGGAUCACUGUUCACCCCCCCCCCCCCCCGAGCACUCUCUCCCGGGCACAUUUGUACGGAUCCUCGAGAAACCGGGUGCUCGGGGGCCGCUGCAAGCAGCGCCGAGCACUCUCUCCCGGAACUCCCUUCGGUGGGUCCUCGGGAUACUUGGGUGCCCGGGGGGCCACCGCCAGCGGCCCCGAGCACGUUUCUCCUGAAACUUUAGCUCUCCUGGCCGUCGAGGGACUAGGGUGCUCGGAGGUCACCGUACACCUUCUCGAGCACUUUCUUCCCGGGACUCGAUCUUUUUCACCUUCAGGGAGAGUCUUCGCGGAAUGGUGCCAUGUGGCGGAUUGCUGGCUUGGUCUCGGGAUCCGGGGACCCCUGGUUCCUGAUACACCGACAGCAGUCCCCGGGCCCAUUGGCAGGCGAUGACCCAGGGACUGCGGAUGGGCCCUUCAUCGUCAACGAGGCCAAAGUCGGGAUUGAUGCCACAUGGUGAGCUUCUACACGGUGGUUCCUCAGGUCCGGGCCUCUGGGAUAGCCCAACGGGGAGCCGAAUGGACGCGUAUCCAACCGACUCUUGAGGCGUGUGAUGAGGGGACGGGCGGCGCAUGAUAACGGGGCAGGCGAUCGUGCGCAAUAAAUGUGCGAAUCGAGGAAAGUGCGCCAGGCAACCGCUGACAACCGCACGGCCCGAGGGAAAUUUGUCUUCCAGUUGCACGGUCCGAGGAAACCGCCCCGCGGAGCGCGCUGCGUCAGGCGACUUUUGAAUUUCCCUGGGUAUAAAAAGGGGGGGAGAGCGAACCGCCCCCCUCUUUACGCCUUCUUGCGAUCGAGUUCUUGCCUUCUUUGCGCUCCCAAGACCUAGACCUUCCUUAAGCGACCAGCGCACCGUCCAGUUCAUCCCCCACCCUGACGAGAUGUCGAGAGCAGGAGGAAGCCGCCGCGACAGGACUCCCAACGGCGUGCUGCCAGAAUCCCGCCUGUUGAACGAGGAGGUGGCGGACAAGAUCCGGAAGCUGAUGGUCCCCGCGGGCCAGCGGGGGGCCUCAGUGGUGACGCUGGCGAGCUUCCCGCCGGUGACAAGUCGCCCGAGGCGCAUUGUCCUCUUUACUUCCUUCGUGGCGCCAUUUUCCACGUUCUUUCUUCAGAUCCUGGACACGUUCAGGAUCCAGUUGGUGCAUCUCAACCCCAACUCCGUCGUCAUCUUGGUGGUCUUCGUCCACCUCUUUGAGAUGUUUGUGGGGGUGCCGCCAUUGGUGACAUCAGCCUCCACAACCGCCUGACUCUGCCGGAGGCUGUGGUGGAACCCCAGAAGGUGACCUGGGAGGUACCGCCAUCGAUGGACGCGCGGAUGGUGCCGGUCCUGGAGCGCAAUGACUUCUUGCUUCUGGCCAGGCUCACUUCGGUGAUGGUGGUGGCGUACUACCUGCGCCGCCGCCUGGCGCCCCUACAGGAGUGGGUCUGGUCCUGUUGGUUCUACAACGACCCCCAGGACAUCACCCGGACCCAGAUCGGUGAGGAGUGGGACCUCAGUAGGUCGGCGUUGAGGGGCUUGCUCCGGGUGGUGAUCGGGGUGGACGACCUGAGCCGGGCGGAGCUCCCGUGGAAGGAGAUGGCACUCUGCACCGAUCCUAACCGGGUGGCGCUGCAGGCGAAGCUACCAGAGUUCGACUCACAGGGGCUGGUUGACAAGCCAGGGCGCUGAGACCCCGGGACUAUUUAGAUCCCCGGGGUGGACGAGCCAGCAAGCGAGGAGGCCGCAAAUGAUUCGGCGCAGACCAGUAGCUCGGGCACCGUGAGCGGUGAGCCGCGGGCCAGCGGUGGGGCUACUACGGGCAGCAGCUGCCAAGCCGGAGAAGGAGGCGCCGCUGACAGCGGGGCGGCGGUAGUGCUAGGGGACAAAGGGAAGCGCCCCCGGGCUCCCGUUCCUGCAUCGGCGUCCCCGCUAUCGCCAUCGCCUAGCGAGGAGGGAGGCCGGGGCGGUCAGUCGUCUAGCGCGUGGCUGUUGGCGGGGGCGGUUUCUGCGGUUCUGGAACCAAACUUUGAUCUGAUUGGGCCUAGUCUGGAGCCCGGAGACCACGCGGCAGCCCCGCUAAGCCCCCCGCUGAAAAGGAGGAGGGAGGACUCCGGGCCCACACCAUCGGGCCCGGGGUUCAGGAUCCCGGCAUCGAGAUGGCAAUACAGAGGACCCAAAUCUGCAUAAGUUUUCCCUCCUUUCUUCGUGAGCAUGCUUCUCCCAGAACGGCAUUGGAGACUAACACUCGCCUUUCUCCUGCAGGCCGCUGAUAGAGGCGCCGAGGCUGGCUCCAGCCCCCGAGCAGCGCGCCUGAUCCAAGCACGCCGAUGGAGUCGGAGUCGCCGAGCACACUAGCCGAGGCAGAAGCAUAGGGAUCGCCUAGCCCCGAGGGGGGGGGGCAGCGUCCGCGCCUGAGCAACUGGUGUCGGUCGAGUCUGCCCCGAGUGCACCGAGCGUGGGGCGGUCAGCCUCAUCAUGGGCGGUGCCUAUGUUGCAAUUUUUGGGGACCCCGAGGCCCUCGGAGGGGGCUCACAGGGGAUCCAGCGCCCAGCCGUCGCCCAGCCAGCCCUUCGACCCCCUCCCAGUCGUGUUGGGAAGUGCCCGAGAGGUGAUCGGGCAGCUCGAGGUGGCCGUGGCGGGGGAGAUGAUGCACCUUGAGGUGGACCGCACCGCCCUUACCGCGGAGAGGGUGAAGCUCAUUGCGGGCUGGCGCCUUUUGGAGGUCCGCGUCACCACGGUGCGUGCAGCCAACGAGGGCGAGCGGCGCGCCCUGGAGGAGGACUGGAAGGCCCUGGAGGGCACCCGCGUGGAGGCCGAGCAGGAACGGGAGGAAGCCGCCCACCUGGCCGAGGCGUCGCAGUAGCAGGCGUCUGAGGUGCUCGCCAGGGAGAGGCAGGCGCAGGCGCGGGAGGAGUCGGUUUUGGCACGUGAGAGGGUAGCGGAAGCCUCCCAGGCUGAAUUGGCCCGCCUGAAAGGUGAGGCCGACCAGGUCCGCGCCGACCUCCAACACUGGGAGGAGGAGCUCCGGAGCCAGGAGGAGGAGCUCCAAGGCUGGGAGGAGGACGUCGCCAUCAAAGAGACCAACGUUGACAUUACGACGGCGGACCUGGAAGCCCGGGAGGAACUGAUGGUCCUCCGAGAGACGGAGGUUGCUGAAGUAGUGCUGGCCACGGCCGCCCGGGAGGAGCGGGCCGCCAAGUGGGAGUCCGAACUGACCACCCGCGAGCAGGCCCUUUCCGCCCUUGCAGAGUGGGUGAAGCGAGCCAAAGCCCAGGCGACUGGCGUGGCCGGGGGGACAGGGCUUCGAGGAGUGGCUGUGGCAAGCGAUGGAGGAGCUCGAGGCCACCGAAACUGAAUGUGCCAAUGUGAAGCGGAUGAUGGAAGACAUCCUCCAGCAGAUGCAGAGGUCCGUGAGGGUGGCUGGGCUCGUGCGAGUCAUCAUGGAGACGAAGGGGACUGGCCUCGGCCAGGUUGCCCUUGGUUUUCAGAGGAUCAGCCAGCGCCUCGAGGCACUGCCCCAGGCCGUCCAGGAACUCACCGCCAGAGAAGGGCAUGGUUUGGCCAAGGCAGUGGCGGAACAUGUCAUGGCUUGCUACCGAAGCUGGGACCCGAACUUCCCAUUGGAGCCAGCUCGGGAAGGGGUGAUCGAAGCUGAGGAGGCUGCUCGAGAGGCGGUUCGGGGCGCCGCCGCCGAGGUGGCGGCCUGCUUCAUGCGAGAGGCUCCGCCGACUCCAGGCUUGGGGCAUAGCGACUCCGACUCCGACUAGAGAUCCUUUUUUUGUUUUGUAGCUUUUCUUUUUUCUUUUCCCUUGAUGUAAAUAUGGGAGUGAUCCCUCAGAAUAGGCUAGCCUUUUUGUAAAUAUAAUGAAAGCCUUUCUUUGGGGU